GCCGAACCAUUCAGCGACUGGAGACAGAGCCGCUAGGACGACUUUCACAUUCACCAGAUGUAGAGCUUGCUUAAUCAAGAGAGUUAUUUUGAAUGGCAGUAUCGAACACCAGCAGUGGGAAUAGUCACGCCCAGUUCUUAAGCUUGAAUUGAAAUGAAAGAUAUGGUGUUCGCUCCUCACAAAACUAUCCUGAUGAGCACGAACGCAAGGCUUAGUCGGAAGAUUUACGAUGACUGACAUCUCUUUCCUUCUGAACUUGAUGGGUGUCAGAAGCGCCCUUCUCUCAUUCAGUUUAUGGCUUCGUCGAUAUACCCAGUAGUGUGUAGUCGGAGCAGGGUAUCGGCAAUGAACCCCAGGAGGGAAGUGCAAGACUCGGCACCAAGGGCUGCAGCGACCAGAGGAGACUGAAGUUUAGUCUUUGUUCGUGAAAAAAUAUCAUAUAUAUAGUAUAUAUAGAGAGAAACAGGACAAAACAGCUGAAGUAACGAAGAAAAAUAAGCUUCAAGUCAUGGGUAUACAGCACAUCUUGCUUCUUUUGAUAUAUUUGGACCAACUGAACGUACUGUGUGCAGCUACAGGCAAGAAGGUGAAGAUUGCUCCUAAACGGCCUCAGAAGGCGAAGGAGGUGAACAGCACUGCCGUUCCCACAGCAGCCACGCGGCGGAUCACGCAGGUCCAGCCGCCUGCCACUGGCACUCAUGAAACGUGCCUGGGUUACUACGACGUAAGCGGACAAUUUGAUAAAGAAUUCGAAUGCAAUAACACCGACCAUCGUUACUGCUGUGGAAGUUGUUUCCUGCGGUUCUGUUGUCAGUUUAAAGGAAAUCGACUAGAUCAGAAAACGUGCACCAAUUACAACACACCAGACUGGGUCAAAACUCAGCCUCCUUCCCCUGUGCCGACAGGUGACAUUUACGAUCCGAAUUUGGAUCAAACGAACACAACAGUCUACAUCACUUGUGGGGUAAUAGCUUUUAUCAUCGUCCUCGGAGUUUCUGCAAAAGUUGCUUAUGACAAAGCAACCAGACCCCCUCAGGAAAUGAAUGUCCACAGAGCCCUUGCAGACAUUUUAAGGCAGCAAGGACCCAUUCCAAUAUCUCAAUAUGAGCGUGAAAAUAUUGCAGCAAUGGAUGGCUCACCCAAAGAGAAUACGCCUGUUCGGACUUCUUCCAAAAACCACUACACCCCAGUUCACACAUCAAAAUCCAACCAUGGAGGACAUUACACAAAAGAGAAUGUUCGAAGUGGAGGUCACGAUCUUCACAACUUCAUCUCCUCUGGGUUUGUGACAUUAGGACGUGGACAUCUGAAAGGAACCCAUCAGUGGCCAGGGCGGGCGCACAGUCAUCAUGGUAGCCACCAACACAACUAUAACCAUCUGGGUCUUACUAGCCCAACACGUACACCUAAAAAUGCCCACAGAACAGUGAGACAUGAGAGCGCACGGAUGAACAGUAUUCUUACCUCGCAGACAGAACCCUACGACCUAUCUUUCUCCCGCUCCUUCCAGAGCCUCUCCCAUCUGCCCCCAUCCUACGAGUCAGCAGUCAAGUCUGACUUAAGUAAAUACUCCUCUCUCAAGAGAUUAACCGAUAAGGAAGUAGAUGAGUACUACACGCGGAAGCGGCACCUGCCUGACUUGGCGGCGCGGGGCACGCUCCCCUUGCACGUGAUCAAGAUGACACAGGAGCAGCAGGGCACGCAGCAACGACAACGGCCACGCCGUGUGCAGAGGGCCAUGUCCCAGGACCGGGUGCUGUCCCCAGAAAGGGGUCCCGCGCACGACUACGGUGUGUCCUCCUACGGCAUGUCCUCCUAUGGGGGGCGCAUCCUCUCCGAUGAGCAGCUGCUGUCAGCCGAGCGUCUCCUCUCCCAGGAGCGCCUCCACUCGCAGGAGCGCCUCCUCUCCCAGGACCGCCUCCACUCCCAGGACCGUCUUCUCUCCCAGGACCGCCUCCACUCCCAGGACCGCCUUCUCUCCCAGGACCCCCUCCUGUCCCCAGACAAGAUGAUGUCGUUGAAACGCUCUGGCUUCCGUGACAAGUCCAUGUCCAGGGCCCUGUCCCACACAGACGUGUUUGUGCCGACCACGCCCAUCAUGGACCGGUAUAAGAUGACAAAAAUGCACUCUCAUCCCAGUGCCUCAAACAAUGCGCACAACACUUUAACUAUGAACCAAACGGCCUCCAAGCGGCAGGCGUUCGCAGCACGACGGACCCACACUGUGGAGCAGCUGCACUACAUCCCAGGACACCAUCACCACUACCGCACAGCGAGCAAGACCGAGGUAACUGUUUAACCAGGAAGCAGAAGGCUUUCAGUAUUAACCAACAGCAGCAAAGGCAGCAGAAAGCAGCAACUACAAUACCAACAACUACAGGAGCUUAGUAGAGAUCAGAACAAUCCCAGCAACGACACAUUGGCCACGAUAGGGUGAAACACUUUUAAACUAACCAACAAAAUUGGCAUUUGUUUUCAG